UCAAUUCAAUCCAGAAUCACGUGGAACCAAAACUGUGUCUUGGCUGUAAUUUAAAGCACCCAUACAUAAGCACACCACCAAGCCACUUUUCUGUCUGAUACGAUUAUUUAAUGGUGGUCUCAACAAGUCGUGCCCUAAAUUUAGCCCCAAUGUCUUGGGUACUUUGGGGGUGGGGUGGGCUGUAUAUUGGUCUAGAGGGAUAUUUUUAAAUCCAUAAGAUUUGCGGUCUCUGUCCUGUUAUAAUCUGUCAUGAUGGGCCAUAAAUGUGUGUAUGAAAACAACAUAAAGAUCAGCCUAGACGCCGAAUAAGUCAAAGCCGUCGAUAACAGAGCCCCUGUUGGCGCUUUGGGAUUCCGGAAGAGAGGAGCCUGGAACGAAUUGGACUCGUCACCUCGGCGAUUCGCUGAUGCUGUAAACUGUGUUCAAAUUGUGGAACUAAAUGAAGUUCGUGAAAGUCAAGAUCAGCCACGAUGACUGGUUUUACUGAGUAGAAAGACCAACGAUCCUGUUGUGCCACAGUCAGAAGAAUCUGUGGGAGAUAGGCACUGAAAAUCGAGCUAGGAAAUACGAACAUGUAACACGGUUGAAGGGAUCACGAUGGAUUGUUAGACUGUCCCUCUGUGUUGCAAACUACUGCAUUGAGCUUGAAGGUUUGAACAGAAUUUUACAAUUGAGCAGACGCGGGAGUCUUCCUGGAACCAAUGAAAGAUAAAGUUGUUCAUGAGAGCUCACAAAGCGAUGAAAAUAAUGAGGCGUUAAAUCGUUCCUCUGCAUCAGCUAUUCCUCCAUUCAAUAUACCCGACUUGAAGCUAUUUGAGAAGGAAUCUCGAACAACACAGCUUGUUUUUAGCUACCAAGGAGGGAAAAAGGUUCCAAAGCUUAGAGAGCCUAGAAAUUUGUAUGCAUUUUCUAAAGAUAAAGGGCAGCAGUCUUCACCAAGAUGGCCAUCUCAGAUGAAGAUUUUGCCGACACGACCCCUACACAUACAGUACAUACCAAGAAAUCCAGAACCAUUUGUUAAGCCAGAGAAAACAUUAGAUGAAUUGAGUCUUACAAAGCUACCUUGCGAAGAAGGAAAAAUUGUUUUUAACAAUGAACCAGGUCCAGAGAAAUAUUUUCUCAGGUCACGUGUUGGUGGCAGUCAAAUUUCCAACAAACCUUUUUACAAGCUAGCCUCUCCUGAUGAUGCUACUCUGCUUUUUGAGUCUCGUUUUGAAUGUGGAAAUCUUUUGAGGGCCAUAAAAGUUAAUGACACUGAAUACCAGUUAUGGCUGAGAAAUGAUUUGUAUACAAACAAACACACACAGUGGUAUUACUUCAGCGUGCAAAAUACAAGACCCGCUGUCAAGUAUAAGUUUACCAUCAUGAAUCUCCUCAAACUGGAGAAAAUAGCUGGUAGUCGGCCCUUAGCUACAUUUGUUUCUUGUCAUUUAAGGCGUGAAGAUACAGCAAAAGACAAAUACCAUUACUCGUUAACCUGGACCUGUGAGUUUCCUAACAAGGAUGACACAUAUUAUUUUGCCCAUUGCUAUCCGUACACCUACUCUGAUUUACAGGAAUAUCUUCAAACCUUGAGGAAUGACCCUGUGCGGUCCAGAAUUUGCAAACAGAGAGUGUUAUGCCGAACUCUUGCUGGGAACUUUGUUUAUGCACUGACAGUGACCAACCCAUCAAGACGACCAGCUGAUGCUGAGGCUAAACAAGGAGUGGUUUUAACUGCAAGGGUUCAUCCUGGUGAGACAAACUCAAGUUGGAUGAUGAAAGGCCUUUUAGAUUAUCUCACAAGCAAUGCUCCUGAUGCAAAGCUUCUGCGAGACACGUUCAUUUUCAAGAUUGUUCCCAUGUUAAACCCAGACGGAGUUAUUGUUGGUAACUAUCGCUGUUCACUGGCUGGCAGAGAUCUGAACAGGAACUACAAGACAGUGCUCAAGGAUUCAUUCCCUCCCAUCUGGCAUGUUAGGAAUAUGGUUCGAAAAUUAUUGGAGGAACGAGACAUAACGCUAUAUUGUGAUCUCCAUGGGCAUAGUCGCAAGCAGAAUGUUUUCAUUUAUGGCUGUGAAAAUCGAUUUGACCCUCUGAAACGAUUGAGGGAAAGAGUCUUUCCCGUGAUGAUUUCUAAAAACGCGCCAAGCAAGUUUUCAUUUAGAGGCUGCAAAUUCAAGGUGCAAAAGAGCAAGGAAGGCACAGGUCGAAUUGUAAUGUGGAACAUGGGAAUCUUGAACAGUUUCACGAUGGAGGCAACCUUUUGCGGCUCAUCGCUGGGUAAACGGGCCGGAUAUCAUUUUAACACAGCAGACUUUGAGUCCAUGGGAUAUCACUUAUGUGAUACGCUGCUUGAUUACUGCGAUCCUGAUGAUUCCAAGUAUGUUUCCAUCUUAAGCGAGCUGGAGUUGAAAAUGAAGGCAGAGAUCUUAGAAAAGAUGAAACGUAGAGGCAUCGCAGCGCCCAACCUGACCGAGUCUGACAUAGAUCUGGACCUCAAUUACACUUCUGACAUCGAAUCAAGCACUGGUGGCUCGGACAGCUCUGUGUCAGAUGGUCUGCCCAUGCAUCUUAUUUAUGCUCCUGAAGGACUCAAAAUGUUUUCUGACCAGGAGCCAAGGAAGAAAAAGCUCAAGUCGAGGAAAGAACGAAACAAGCGACGCGCAAAGGCCAUGAAAGUCAAGGAUGUGUUACUGGCCGAUAUUGCCACUCGAUCCGCGCAACACCAAGAUCCGCCAACUGAAGUGAAGUUAAUGUAUCAGAAACAUCAUCCCAAGGUGAUUAUUUUAUUGUAUUCCGUAGUUUUAAAACCAACACAGCUAGGAAAUUCAGUACGGCUAUUGAUCACAAGACGGUCAGGGUGAACGUCUCUGUCUCUACCUGCGAAUCUACUACUAACCAAAAAGAUAUUACAUAAACAUCAAAAUGGUCUGCUUUUCAUGUUAAAGAUACAUGUAU